AUGUCGGUUCAAAUCCAACUACCUGUUGACAGUCAGCACGAUGUCGACAGCCAACAAUCGAUCGAUGAUGCUUCGGUCCUAGAAGGUCGCCAACCUGUGGAAGACCAACAGCCUGUUGGCGAGGAAGAGUCUACAGAGAGUCAGCCUUCCGCAGAUGAGAACGAUUCAGAACUCGAACACUUUCCGGAGGACGAAGCGACCCGACCUAUCAGGCUACCGGGAGUCUCGACGCAGGUCGUCUCAAUCUCUCCAGAAGCCCUCUGGUUAUUCCGAGAGGCUGCUCGGGAUUAUGGCUACAUGAAUCGCUUCUUUUGUGAAGCUGAUGAAGCCUUUACAGACGCUAUGAUAGAUACCUAUGGCACGUCAAGAGUUCCUAUUCCUUUGCUGAUACCUCUUAGUGGCGACGACUAUAUUGCUUUCUACGCGAUGAUUCUUAGGACUCACCAGGUUUCUAAUCCGUGUUGGUUAUCUUACCACGAGGGAUUCAAGUCGAUUAUGCAAAGAGUUGCAAGGGAUCUUGAUAUACCCACCGAGCUACCAAUCGUGUACAUGAGGUUGCGAAGUGCACUUCUGUACGGGUAG